UUGUGAAUGUUCACUCAUGGUUUUCAGAGCACGGCAGACUCGAGUAUCCUCACAUUGUCUGCUAAGAAAGUGCAGAGAAAAUAGUUUUCCUGGGUGGUCCGACUCAUUAAUACAUUGCGCACUUCUUGAUUUACGGCUCACAGUUCAACUGCUGCCAAUUAACGUGAAAACACGUUAAAAAAAAAGAAGAAGAGGAAAAUACAACGAGGGGGAGGUGGCCACUGAGUUUCCGCCACAAAACUUGAUUCAGGAUGAACCUGCCCUUUACAUCAAGGUGUCUUGGACUGCCUCGGCGCACGGAAAGCAGGAGGACACGACGCGGAGGAGAGAGAGGAGAAAGGAGGGGGAGAGGGAAACACAGGAUAAGCCUCCAUGUUUCAACUGCCCAUCUUGAAUUUCAGCCCCCAGCAGGUCGCCGGGGUCUGCGAGACUCUGGAGGAGAGCGGGGAUGUCGAGCGCCUCGGCCGCUUCCUCUGGUCGCUGCCCGUCGCGCCAGCGGCCUGCGAGGUCCUCAACAAGAACGAAUCGGUGUUGAGGGCCCGGGCUGUCGUCGCCUUCCACACCGGCAAUUUCCGUGAACUAUACCACAUCCUGGAGAACCACAAGUUCACCAAAGAGUCGCACACAAAGCUGCAGGCUCUGUGGCUCGAAGCGCACUAUCAGGAAGCUGAGAAGCUGCGGGGACGCCCGCUGGGGCCGGUGGACAAAUACAGGGUGCGGAAGAAGUUCCCCCUACCCAGAACCAUAUGGGAUGGAGAGCAGAAAACCCACUGCUUCAAGGAGAGAACCCGGCACUUGUUAAGAGAAUGGUAUUUGCAGGACCCUUACCCGAAUCCCAGUAAAAAGAGGGAGCUUGCACAGGCUACAGGACUUACACCCACACAAGUAGGAAACUGGUUCAAAAAUCGCAGACAAAGAGACAGAGCAGCGGCUGCGAAGAACAGGCUCCAGCAGCAGGUCCUGUCCGGCGGUUCGGUUCGCUCCCUGGCGGACGAGGACGGCACCGUGGACCGCCUGGGGAACUCGUCCAGUCCGGAGGCCAGUCUGUCCAGCAAAGCAGCCGCCUCGGCCAUCUCCAUCACCUCCAGCGACAGUGAAUGUGACAUCUGACGGGCAGAUCGACUGUGUUGAUGAAUUAAAGGGGGAUACGAGUGAAAGACAAUCCAAUAAAACAAGUCAUAGUGCCUGCGUUGAGAUAAAAAAAACAAAAAACGAACACACUCUCUUUCACACACACACACACACACACACACACACACACACACACACACACACACACACACAUACACACACAAACUGAUAGCCUAUUUGACGGGUGCCAAAACAUGAGGGGAUCUGUGAUCUGCGGCGGACUGCCCGUCCUUUUCCUUUUAGACCUAAAUUUUUUUGUUUGCGUUUUACCCACGUGUGGAUAACUGAACUUAAUAGCCCACGGACGAAACAUAUUUGACGGACUAAUAAACCAACGCCCCGAGAUGAAAAGUAAAAAAGAAGAAGAAAAAAAAAAAAAAAAAAAAGGAUGAAGGCAUCCGAGCGCCUAACCUGCUGUUCUCUGUAGGUAUUUCAUGUUGAAAAAGAACUGUGAUAUUUUUACUUUACUUUCAAAGUUUUAUAAAUAAUGUUUAUUUGCCUAUUUAAAAACGAUCUGCUCUGUCUCUUCGAAUUUCAUAAUCAUUUGCUUGGUGUUUUUAAUACUUGUACACAGGUGAACCUGUUGAGCAUGCGCGCUUUAGUGAAAAUGUGUUUCAGUAAAAGAAAAGAGUAAAGAUAACUUAAUAAAAUAAUUGUUGAUCAAGAGAG